UCUUGCGCACACUGGCGUUCAAACGGGGAGGCAGAUCCGGAGUGAGAGGAUUGAACCCCCAGAAAUGACUUUACAAUAAAUAUGAGGAUUUUAAACGCCCUUGGAUUUUUCUGGAUAUUUUCUUUUAUUUAGUCGCACUGGGGAGGAUUCUUCUUCUCCUCAGCUUCUGUCUCUGCCAGCACCGCUCCUUCAGCUUAAAACCAUACCUGGCACAGGUCUCAUGUAGUCUACCUUUAAUCGCUUUUGUAGAGAGAUAGCUAAGCCGCCUGAAGCCAAAUUAGAGGACACGUUUAGGUGACAAAAACAUGUGAUUCCGUGCUGGUUCCAUGCGGCAGCCAAGCCCCGUCGCUGGCAUCUGAACAGCUGGGUCGUGUCGAGAAGAUUGUGGAUUAACGUCUCGGUUUUUUUUUUUUUGCGCGUCUCUCAGUGGCCUGUAGACAAAAAAAUGUGCGCCUGUUUUAUUGAAUUAACUACAUGAGUGGAGCCCGAACAAACGCGCGUACCUGCUCUUGAUUUCCCCCCCACCCCAAAAUAUCUGCUGAAUUAAACGGCGCCAGGGAAAUAUGGAAAGCGAGGUUUUCACCCCUCUGCUGGAGCAGUUCAUGCUCACGCCUCUGGUCUGCUGGGUGAAGACCGUGGGGCAGCCGACAGUGACUGAUGGCACCAGUUUAUCGGAAUAUAUUGAAUUAGUGGAUGGGAUUUACCUGAACGAGAUCAUGCUCGAGAUAAAUCCUAAGGCCACCGUGCAGAGGACCAACAAGAAAGUGAACAAUGACCCCACGCUGCGCAUCCAGAACCUUUCUAUUCUCAUCAGGCAGAUUAAAGCCUACUAUCAGGAGAUUCUCCAGCAGCUGGUGAUGAUGCCCCUGCCUAAUGUCCUGGUACUGGGCCGCAACCCUCUCUCUGAGCAAGGUCUGGAGGAGAUGAAGAAACUUCUGCUGCUGCUGCUAGGCUGUGCUGUCCAGUGUGAGAAGAAGGAAGAGUACAUUGAGCGUAUCCAGACUCUGGAUUUUGACUCAAAAGCUGCCAUAGCCUCCCAUAUCCAAGAGGUGACUCACAACCAGGAGAACGUGGUGGACCUGCAGUGGUUGGAAGGGGGAGAAAUGCCUGCUGAGGAGCUGGACGGCCUCUCCAGAAACCUGGCUUUCCACCUCAAACGCCUGGUGGAUGAAAGGGACACACAGCUGGAGACUAUAGUGGAGUUAACCCAGGAGAGAGACUGUGUGCAGCUGUCUCCACUGGCCCCCUGUCCUACCCAGUCUCCUGGUGACUCCCCCAGUAUGAGGAGGACCGAAAGCCGUCAGCAUCUCUCUGUGGAGUUGGCCGAUGCCAAGGCCAAGAUCAGACGCCUUCGGCAGGAACUAGAGGAGAAGAGUGAGCAGCUUUUGGACACCAGGCAGGAGCUUGAGAACAUGGAAGUAGAGCUAAAGAGACUUCAGCAAGAGAGCUACCAGCUGCUGUCUGACGCUCGGUCGGCUCGGGCCUAUCGCGACGAGCUAGACGCGCUCAGGGAGAAGGCGAUACGCGUCGACAAGCUGGAGAGCGAGCUGAGCCGAUAUAAGGAGAGACUUCACGACAUUGAGUUUUACAAGGCCAGAGUCGAGGAGCUGAAGGAGGACAAUCAGAUUCUGCUGGAGACGAAGACUAUGCUGGAGGAGCAGCUGGAUGCUACCAGGACCCGGUCUGACAAACUGCACCACCUGGAGAAAGAGAAUCUGCAGCUGAAAUCUAAGAUUCACGACCUGGAGAUGGAGCGUGACAUGGACCGUAAGCGAAUGGAGGAGCUGCUGGAGGAGAACCUUGUGCUUGAGAUGGCACAGAAACAGAGCAUGGACGAGUCCCUGCACCUGGGCUGGGAGCUGGAGCAGCUGUCCAAGACACCAGAGCUGGCUGAAGCCCCUCAGAAGUCUCUGGGCGAGGAGGUGAAUGAGCUGACCUCAAGCCGCCUGCUGAAGCUGGAGAAGGACAACCAGACUCUGCUGAAGACGGUGGAGGAGCUGAGAGGAGCAGCCAGUCAGGACACCCUGGCGAAACUGAGCAAAGUCAAUCAAGAGAACCAGAAGCUCACUGAGAAACUGGAGCAGCUGCAGGCUGAACUCACGGCAGACAGGGAGUCGCUCUGCUGCUCGGAGUCGCUCAGUACUGAUCUGAUGAAGGAGAAGGCUUUACUGGAGAAGACCCUGGAAACACUCAGAGAAAACUCAGAGAGACAGAUGAAGGGUCUGGAACAGGAGAACAAGCACCUGGGCCAGACGGUGUCUUCCCUUCGUCAGCGCUGCCAGGUGGGCGCCGAGGCCCGGGUCAAGGAUGUGGAGAAAGAAAAUCGCAUUCUCCAUGAGUCCAUCUGUGAGACAACGGCCAAACUGAACAAGAUGGAGUUUGAGAGGAAGCAGCUACGUAAAGAACUUGAAAUUACGAAGGAGAGAGGUGAGAGAGCAGAGGAGCUGGAGAUCCAGAUGCGGAAGCUGGAAAGAGACAACGAGAGCCUGCAGAAGAGAAUUGCCAGUCUUGGUAUCACGUGUGAAAAGGUGUCUUCUUUGGAGAAGGAGAACUGUGACCUGGAGGAAGAAGGCCGCCGUCUGAAGAAAAAACUGGAUGCUCUGAAGAACAUGGCCUUCCAGCUGGAGGCUCUCGAAAAGGAGAACUCCCAGCUGGAGCACGAAAACCUGGAGCUUCGGCGCUCGGCCGAGAGUCUCCGGUUGGCGGGGGCGAAGGCCGCCCAGCUGGAGGCUGAAAACCGGGAGCUGGAGAGUGAGAGGAGCCAGCUGAAGAGAAGCCUGGAGCUGCUCAAAGCCUCGUCUAAGAAGACAGAGAGAUUAGAGGUGAGCUACCAGGGCCUAGAUACAGAGAACCAGCGGCUGCAGAAGGCUUUAGAGAACAGCAGCAAGAAGAUCCAGCAGCUGGAGGUAGAGCUACAGGAGGUGGAGACUGAGAACCAAAACCUCCAACGUAACCUGGAGGAGCUCAAGAUCUCCAGCAAACGCCUGGAGCAGCUGGAGCAGGAGAACAAGACUCUGGAGCAGGAAACCUCACAACUGGAGAAGGACAAGAAGCUACUGGAGAAGGAGAACAAGCGGCUGAGGCAGCAGGCAGAGAUCCGCGACUCCAAGCUGGAUGACAGCAACCAGAGGAUCACCGCCUUGGAGAAGGAGAAUCGGACCAUGGGCAAGGAGAUGAUCUUCUUCAGGGACUCCUGCACGAGAGUCAAAGACCUGGAGAGAGAGAACAAGGAGCUGGUUAAACAAUCCUCCAUGGAUAAGAAGACGCUGAUUACACUCAGAGAGGAGCUUGUGAGUGAGAAGCUGCGGACUCAGCAGAUGAACAAUGAUCUAGAGAAACUGACUCAUGAGUUGGAGAAGAUUGGACUGAACAAAGAGAGGCUCCUGCACGAUGAGAGCUCAGACGACAGGUUUAAGCUCCUUGAAACCAAACUGGAGUCGACUCUGAAAUCAUCUUUGGAGAUUAAAGAGGAGAAGAUUGCCGCACUUGAAGCCAGACUUCAGGAGUCCUCAAACCUCAACCAGCAACUUCGUCAGGAGCUGAAGACGGUGAAGAAAAACUAUGAGGCGCUGCGUCAGAGAGAGGAAGAGGAGAGGAUGGUGCAGAGCUCUCCACCUAGAGGAGGGGAGGACCCUCAGACUGUCAGGAAAUGGGAGAAAGAGAGCCAUGAAGCCACCAGGGAGCUGCUGAAAGUCAAAGACAGACUCAUUGAGGUGGAGAGAAAUAAUGCCACGCUGCAGGCUGAGAAGGUGGCCCUGAGGAGUCAGCUCAAACAACUGGAAACUCAAAGCUCCAACCUGCAGGCUCAGAUAGUGGCCCUGCAGAGACAGACCGCCUCCUUACAGGAGAACAAUACGACGCUGCAGACGCAGAACGCCAAGCUGCAGGUGGAGAACUCCACCCUGAGUUCGCAGGGUGCGUCCCUCAUGGCCCAGAAUGCCCAGCUGCAGACCCAGCAGAGCAGUGUGGAGGGAGAGCGUGAGGGAGCCCUGAAAGAGAAAGAGGAGCUGAGGGCCACCUACGAGAUGCUCCUCCGCGACCACGAGAAGCUGGCGGCGCUCCACGAGAGGCAGGCCGUUGAGUAUGAAGCGCUGAUCGGGAAGCACGGCGGCUUGAAGACCUCCCACAAGAGCCUGGAGCAGCAGCACAGGGACUUGGAGGACAAGUACAAAGAACUCCUGCAGAGAAAGGGGGAACUGCAGGAUCUGGAGAAGAAUUUGAAGGAGCAGCAGGAAAAGAUGGCACUGGAGAACCAGAGCCACCGAGACAUAGCUGACCAGUACAAACUGCUCAAAGAGGAAAACGAUAGACUCAAUAGUACCUAUCGUCAGCUGGUGAAGGACAACGAGAAUCUCCAGCUGGACCACAAGACCAUUAAGAGCCAGCUGAACAAUGCAAAGCUGGAUCAGACUAAGCUGGAGGCUGAGUUCUCUAAACUGAAGGAGGAGUACCAGCAGCUGGACAUCACCUCCACCAAACUCACCAACCAGUGUGAAUUGUUGAGCCAGCUGAAAGGAAACUUGGAGGAGGAGAAUCGUCACCUGCUGGACCAGAUCCAGACUCUGAUGCUGCAGAACCGCACACUGCUGGAGCAGACCAUGGAGAGCAAAGACCUGUUCCACGUUGAGCAAAGACAAUACAUAGACAAGCUGAAUGAGCUGAGGAGACAGAAGGAGAAGCUGGAGGAGAAGAUCAUGGACCAGUACAAGUUCUACGACCCUUCACCUCCACGCAGACGAGGCAACUGGAUCACUCUGAAGAUGAAGAAGCUGAUCAAGCCGAAGGGCAGGGAGAGGAUGCGUUCCCUCACGCUGACUCCGUCUCGCUCUGAGUUUGGAGACGGUUUCCUGACCCUCCCCCAGGACAGCCAGGACAGCUCAUCCAUCGGCUCCGGCUCCAACUCGCUGGACGACACGCUCACGCGAAAGAGCAGGAGGAGAGGGCAGCAGGCCCAUGCCCAAGUGCAGGGCUCGUCCAAUGCUAUAAAAAGGUUGCCUUUCAUGAGGAACAGAUCCAAGGACAAAGACAAGGCCAAGGCCAUCUACCGGCGCUCCAUGUCCAUGAAUGACCUGCUGCAGACCAUGGCGGUGGCGGGUGGCACAGGAGCUCAGUGGGCGUGCAGCAUCGAGAACCUGGACGGGGCUGAAGCUGGGGACGGUGGCAUGACGGGCGGCGGCAGGCGCAGCGGGCAGCGCAUGAAGGAGCUCGCCCUUUCCACCAACGCCAUCGACUGCGCCGCCCUCACCCUGCCCUCGGCGGGGCACAGCAGGGCCAAGCUCCGGCUGCAGGUCAAAGCAGGUAAUGCGUCAUGCGAGGAUGUCGCUGGCUCUACAGAUGACCCCAAGAGUCAAGGCCUGCAGGUGUAUAGCAGUGCUUUGUGUCCUUCUCCUGUUGAGCAGAGCGCUAUGUGCAGAGUGCCCUGUAGCAUCUGUACCUCCAGGCCCUCCAGUCUCCAUAGCAACAGGACCAUCAGUAGCAAUAGUAACAAUAACUCCCACCUCACUUCUCCUCUGGAGGGCAAAGCUAAUCACUGCCUGCGCCUCCCCUCAGGCACGCUGAACGGCAGCCUCAGCAGGCCUCACAGCGAGAGCAGCGGCGAGUUCAGCCUGAGCCUGGACCAGGAGGUGUGGUCCAGCAGCGGCAGCAGCCCCGUGCAGCAGCCCUCCUGCUCCCGCUCCUCUCACCAGAGCCCCCUGCAGAUGCGCCGGUCCCUCGACCCGUCCGGCGCCGCGGGCAGCCCCGGCCAGAUGCAGAUCAGGAAGACGGGGUCUCCGGCCAGCGAGGUGCUGUCCCUGCAGCAGUUCCUGGACGAGGGCAUCGACCCUGCGGAGUCUGGCAGCCAGGAGAACCUCACCGUCGACUCUCCUCGCCUCUCCACCUCUUCGGAGCAUCCGCCGAAGGAGCGCGCUUCCACUAAGGCCCGGGGCAUAUUGCGGUCAUCCAGCGGGAGAGCGGCCCCAGCCAGCGCCGACCGGCCGCCGAGGUCCUCGGGGCAGCCGGGGCGCCCGACUCUGCGUAAGGCCGAGAGCACCCGCGUCAGGGGCUCGGCCCCGAUCCGCUCCAGCCUGUCUUCGCAGGGCAAAGCCACGUCCGUGUCGGAGCGGCUGGACUCGGCUUCCUCCACGCUGCCCCGCGCCAGCAGCGUCAUCUCCACCGCCGAGGGCACCACGCGGCGCACCAGCAUCCACGACCUGCUGUCCAAGGACAACCGGCAGCCCGUGUCCGUCGACGCCUCUCCACCUGUCGCUCCCACCAAGGCGGGCGUUCGCUCCCAGCCGACACCCAGUGAGUACUACCCCUACAGCACCAACCCCAAGGGACCCCUUACCGCCGCCACCACCACCCCUCUGUCCAAGUCGCUCAGCUUACCUAGCCAUAGCUUGGAGGACCCCGACCUCUCCACCCUCGAGUCUUUCCUCGGCCCUUCCUUCACCGUCGAGUCGGUGUUCAUGGACUCCAUCUUUAGCGAGUCGGCGGGCAAAAACCUCCCCUUCCUGUCCCUUAACCCCACCCUAGUCAGCAACAUCAGCGGGCCUCCCGUCACAAAUAAGCCCCACCCUCCCCCUGCGCCGGACCACACUUCCACCCAAAGCCAGCCCCCUCACAGUCAGUCAAACGGCCAGACGAGGUCGAGCUCAGCCGGCCAAGAGUGCAACAAGAGUGUUGAUGUGAAUAAUUCAGACGAGGCACUGAGCCCAGAGGACAACCAGUCCCUGUGGUACGAGUACGGGUGCGUUUGAAUGACAGGGAGGUUUCUGGCUUGCUCAUCUUGAUGCUCAACUCUGCUAAAAGAGGCGGGGGGGGGGAAACACGACUGAAAGCAUAGACGAAGAACAAACCCUGCAUCUCUGCAUGUAUUUAUCAGAGCACUAUCUAUCUCUGUGUGGUGUAUUUGGGUUGUUGUUUUCUUUUUGACGUGGUGUUUGGUUUUUGUUUUUGGUUCUUUUUCUUGUUCUGUUCUUUGAGGUGGGACUUUUAAGAAUGUUCUUCCGUCCUCCUCCAUGUUAUGGUUUCCAUCCGUUUUCACUGGUGGCUAACACAUACUAUUAUCUGCUGUAGAGGGCUGUUUACACAUUACACACGAUCAGUGAGCAGAAGCACGAGGCCGAAGCAGACAGAGCCAAUGCAGUGAAAAUCACAGCAGCAGAAACCCCUCGUCUCAAAAGUAGCAUCGUGUCAGAUAAUAGAUUCACUUUCCACUUUUGUGUUUUAUAUGACGAAUGAGAGUCCUUUUCACUCUUUAACUCAGUUAUCAUCAACUUUUAACUGCAUGGUUUGGUUCUGUCUCAGUCUGACCUGAAAUGCUCAUUUUGAUUGCGGUGGUCAAAAUGGUUAUCAUGUUUACCUUCCAUUUGUUUCUGUUGUUUUUUUGUUUUUUUUGUACAUUUGGUUCCUUUUCUGUAUUUACUUUUCUAAUCAUACUGACUGGAGCCUCUGGUCCGUGGACGGUGGGGCGCUAUCAGGUGGAUCUUAACUGAGCUCUGGGGCUGGUGACAAAAUGAUGGAAGCUUCAUUCUCCAAAUAAUCAGAGAUGUUUUUAGUUGAGGGUGAAUGAAAGUUGAUGGUAAAGGAAGUAGAACACAGUAUGAACACAGUGGUUGUUGAAUGUCAGAUUUCCGGCAGGUUGUGAUGCUGAAACAGGGAGUAGAUAAGUUGGGAAUGGUCGGAGAUUGUUUUGUGAAUGAAGCUGACAUCAUUUCUGUUGGUAUUUGGAAACUUUUUAUUUCCUCCUCCAGACGCGCCACAACUUAAGAAUCGAUGAUAUUUGAUUUUAUGUUUUAGACUGACAUGAUCUUGUACAGACUAUACUCAUUAAGUUAUAAUCAAAGACGAGCACUACUUCCUGUGCCUAUGCUAGUAGAUCUGUCUGCCUCUAGGUUCUAAUUUAUUUCUGCUCUUGUUCUCUGUCGAUGCUGUUUCCAAGUUGCUUUAUCGUGUUCACCUUGAUUCCCAGUAUGUGCACGCCUGAAGGAAAUGAAAGUGUUCUGCUGCUCUGCUGAUGUAACAUGAACAUUACCUUUGUCCUACAGAUGUGGAGGGCAGAAAGUCUAAAAGCAGGAGUGGGGAGCCGCAGCAAAGCUGCUAAACCCUGCCCCCCCACCCUCGUCUGUCUGCUACCAUGCUGCGAGCGCGUGAGAGAAAGGUGGCCUUGGAGCUGUGAGUCUGAAGCCUAGUAGAGUUAAUCUGCUGAGACCGUCUACAGUGAGAAAAGAUUGUAUAUCCCAGUUUCGUCCCUUGUUUUUAAAACCCAGGACUUCAGUAGAGAAACAUGGCUUCCUUCUCUGUUUUGUUUUUCUUCCUUGAAUCAAGGAAACGACCUAAAAAUACUAGAAAAUGUUGCAGUGGCAGUUUUUUUGUUGUUUUUUUUUUUUUCCAUUAAGACUGCUGUGGCAGAUUGCACUGCCACGUGUGGGACGGCUAGACGUGCACUAGUCUCUUCGGACUAAGAUUAAAGUGCCAAUGUUCACACAGCAGCCGAAAGGGCGACUUCAACCAGACUGAGGACUCCAUUUUAAACUUAAGUCAGGCAGAUUAUCUUCUGCCCAUUGUCACACACACAAAAAAAGAGUCUUUGUAAAUGGCCAGAAUGCACAAGCAACGGCAACAUAACGCAUGUCAGCACAAAACACUUUGGGUUAUUGUAUCAGACUGAAGAAUCACAAUCUGCAUGGAGCAAUCAGUCAGCCAAUCAUCCCACUUCCUUUAUCCGAUCAAGGACGACGACGGUGUUCAGUGGGAGUUUUACUCGCCGGGAUGCCAAAUGGACUUGGACACUAAGCCAUGACAGCUCUGUGACUGGCGCCUGUUGCCUGCCGAUCACAGAGCGAAAGUUGUGUGAACUGAGCGUGAACGAGAGAGAGAGAGAGACUGACGACGGGAGAGUUCCAGGUCACCUAUAAGGCAGUCGGCAGUUCGCUGCACAUGCCAGUCACGGAGAUCAACCGACAAAUCACAUUUCACCAUAGAUAAUUUACCAAAUGGCACAGAGUCAUCUCAUUAAUCGCCUCCCAUCCCGCUCUCAUUGGAGACUAACAGUACGAAGCACACGUGCAGUGUGUGUGUGUGUGUGUGUGUGUGUGUGUGUGUGUGUGUGUGUGUGUGUGUGUGUGUGUGUGUGUGUGUGUGUGUGUGUGUGUGUGUGUGUGUGUGUGUGUGUGUGUGUGUGUUUCCUGAAGAGGCCCCCCGGUAAGGAUCUGUGUGAGUCUGACUGGAGUAUAGGUGACCUGUGACGUGCCCCGCGCACACACAACAUGUGCAGAUUUCUGUUGUCGUGUUGAACAUGAUGAUGUUGGUGAUGAAACCCAGUGUUUUCCUCCUUUUCCACUUUUACAUGAAUCCAUUUGAUGUAAUUAAAAUUCAUCAAGACUA